CAUUCCCCCCGAGGCGCGUGCAAACAGCUGUUUGCUGUUUUCGUAUUUACUCCUAUAGCGCCAAUCGAAUCUCCGAGUGAAUCAUCAGGAAAACCCAUCACAACAUCGUCAGAAGUCUGGAACCUUAGUUUAAGAUCGCACAACAUCCCAAAAUGUUCAACAAUAUUUUCGGAAAGAACCCCACCGUGAAGGAGCAACAGCGGGAGAAUGACCGAUCGCUGCGCAAGGCCACCCGGGACAUCGAACGGGAGCGCAGGAAGAUGGAGGAGGAGGAGCGCAAGCUGGAGCUGGAGAUCCGACGGAAUGCCGCCGCUGGGAACAACGACGCCUGCAGGAUCCUGGCCAAACAGCUGGUGGAGAUCAGGAAGCAGAAGUCACGCACCUACGCAGCAGCGGGAAAGAUCCAGUCCAUUGGCUACCAGAACAAGAACAUGGGCGCCAAUAUCGCCCUGAGCGAAGCCAUGGGCACCACGGCCAAGACGAUGGGCGAAAUGAACAAGGUGAUGCGACCGGAGGCCAUCGGGGAAACAGUGCGCCAGUUCCAGGCGGCCAACAUGAAGAUGGAGAUGACCGACGAGAUGAUCAACGACACACUGGACGACAUGCUGAACGAGUCCGGCGACGAGGAGGAGUCCAAUGCCGUGGUCAACAAGGUGCUCGACGAGAUCGGCAUCGAGAUCUCCGGCAAGAUGUCCAGCAUCCCGGCCACGGGAUCCUCAGACUUUGAGACGAGUGGCAAGCGCACCGAGAAGGACAUUGCCGAUCAGCUGGCCAAGCUGCGCUCCUCUUAGUCCUUCCCUGUUUUCUAUUCUAUUUUGUAACUACUGUGAAAAACGCUGUUAUCCAUAGCCCGUAAGAAAUUAUAUUUAUGUACACAUC